AUGGCGUCGGAAUUGUAUUACUACAAGCCAUCGACUCCACCUCGGGCUCUCAUGUCCGAUGCGGAGUUACUUGCAUCUGUUCAUAGCCGAACAACCUCAGGCUCAUCUACAUAUACCCAUGAUUCGUCACCAGAGUCUCUCAUCACCAACAUCACUACGCCAAGUAGGUCUCCGGCAGGCCGCCCACAUGGACCUAUUCUUUUGCCAAAGAUCAGACCACAGGAUAUCGUAGUUGAGCCGCAAUCGCACUAUAGCCCACAGCGAACCCGAAAGGCCUUGUCAGCGACCCAGAAUCCCCCCGGGUUUGCCCCUUAUCCUGCUUCGCGCCCAUCCGUUGCGCGUAGGGCAGUUGACACUGUCGAUUGUUCCUUGGUUUCUCCUAUCUGCACCACCCCAACCUCAUAUAGCACGUAUCUUGGGGCGACUGCCAUGUCUCCGGUGUCCGCUGCUCCAACCAACUCACGGAAAAGAGCCUCCCAUUCACGAAACCCAUCUGCUUCUAGCAUUGACGAUGCCACCCUGAGCCGUUAUGGGUACCCUACCUACCGCCAAAUGCCCAAAUAUCUUUCGCAGUACAGCCCGACGACCCCUGUUUCUGCUUCAUCCUUUACAUACCCAACACCUACCUAUCCAACGAGCUCUUAUGCAGCGGCAGGUGAUCCAUCAGUGACUUACCCAGCAUCUGGCUAUCCAAUUUCCACUUACCCAAGCACCUACCCUGCCCCCACCUACCCAACAACCUCCUACUCGACUGCCUCAGAAUCAUAUGCUCCUACCUCCGAGGUAGCGGUUACACAGGAAAACUUCUAUGGCUUUUCAGAUGUCACCGCAAGGCUUCUGGGAGUCUCUGCUACUGACGCUUCUAUUCCUCCCCCUGUUUCCGUUGCUCCAGCCCCCCUUGCCCCGCCAAUGGAGUAUUCCUCCUCAUCCUCCUCUGCAUCUACCACUCUUCUCGAGUACUUGAAUGCUCCAACCCAGGCUAUCAAUCUAGUCGAAAAUCUAUCCUACUCCUCCAAUCGAGUGAACCAGGCACACUUUUGGUGGGAUGUUAGAAAUCUACGACAGUGGUCUUCUUUUUCUCUUGAUGAAAUGAGCUCCAUUCCUCGCUUUCCCCAGCUUCUUACGACACAUGUUGCUCAGGAGUGCCUUCCAUUGACCAACGUUCCUGCAUCUCGGCUAUAUCCCGAUUCUGAAUUUUCACUUACCGAUCUGAUCCGCGAUGUCUAUGCUCCUCGAGUCAACGCUGCUCUUCGCGUAUCCCAAGGCCGCAAUUGCCUAUCCCUGUAUCCAGCUCCAAUCAACCCAGCGAAUAGAGAUAACGACCCUCAUUUCCUCGCCAACUACGCCAGCGAUACCGAGCAGACACCAUCUGGUCUCCCCCGUGGCCGCAUUGUCGGUAUAGUCAAGAGCUUCAACCGAUGGAACACCGGAAUGCGCAACGAACAACCUCAUCGACGCGUUGAGUAUCUCAAUGGCCUUUCUCACUUGCAGCGCUGCAUGAGAGAACACUCCUGCCGUUAUGGUUUCAUCAUAACCGAGAUCGAGCUUGUUUGUGUCCGCGCCGGCUGCGACGAAGGCGACGAUGUCCCAUACUUCGGCUACCUCGAGCUUGCCACCCCCAUCGCAACAAAGACGUCAACAAAUGCUCACAACCCCAUGCUAUCGAGCAUCGGGUUAUCUCGCACUGUCUCCGCUUCAUCCGCCCAGUCAUCUGAUUACUCCAGCUCGUCCCGCGGCGCAUCUCCAGCACCUUCAAGCCUCUCCGGUCCAUUCUCAGCUACUAUGGCACUCUACUAUCUACUCAUGUUAUCCAAAUCCGUGCCUCUCCCAACUCAGCCAUCCUGGCAUCUCAAUGUCGGUGGCCCGGGCGCCAUGACUCGUCAACGCACUCUGCCAGAUGACAAGGACAAGUGGAUUCCAGAGCCUCAGCAGCGAGAGAGACGUGAGGCUAAGCGUAUUCGAGGAUGGGUCUGGCCACAUGAUGCAUGGCAUCGUCGCGAGGGCGGCGGUUCUAGUAGAACCAGAGCCGCAAAGAUCGCAGCUGCAAAACGAUGGCACAAGUGA